UAACCUUACUGCAAAAUGAAAAGAGAAGUAUGUUCACUUGCCUUCCUGCGGGCAGUAUUUGCUGAAUUCCUUGCAACUCUACUGUUUGUGUUUUUUGGACUUGGUUCUGCUUUAAGAUGGCCAUCUGCUCUUCCAACAAUACUUCAGAUUUCUUUGGCCUUUGGCUUGGCAAUUGCCACACUUGUCCAGACAUUUGGCCAUAUUAGUGGUGCUAAUAUAAAUCCAGCAGUAACUUUUGCCUUUCUACUAGGAUCACAGAUCUCUAUAUUUAGGGCAAUAUUCUACAUCAUUGCACAGAUUCUUGGAGGCUUGGCUGGUGCUGGGAUUCUCUAUGGAUUGACUCCAGCAAGUGUUCGAGGAAACCUUGCCAUCAACACGCUCAGUUCUUCAGUCAGUGCAGGACAAGCUGUUGGUGUUGAAAUAAUUCUUACUUUUCAAUUGGUUAUGUGCAUUUUUGCAUCAACAGACAGUCGGCGAAGAGAUAAUUUAGGAUCCCCUGCAAUAUCAAUUGGUCUGUCUGUUACACUGGGUCAUCUUGUUGGGAUUUACUAUACAGGUUGUUCAAUGAAUCCAGCCCGUUCCUUUGCUCCAGCUGUGAUCAUGCGACGAUUUACUAAUCAAUGGGUCUUCUGGGUUGGACCACUAGUAGGAGGAAUUCUAGCUGCUUUAGUUUAUUAUUACAUCAUGUUCCCUAUCAAUAAGACUCCCUCUGAGAAGCUAGCCAAACUAUGUGGGAGAUACGACCCUGAAGACGUAGAGGCGUGGGAUGAACAGCUUGAAUUUGAACAACGGAAAACUCAUUCUCUGGAUUGUUCAGACUGCAAAAAUAACCAAUAUGCAAUGUAAAAAGUGGAAUGAACAGCAUAUGAUACUUACAAACAUGGACUCGAAAUGGAUAUUAUCAGACACAUAUUAUCUCAUACAAGCAAUGUUUGUAGUGACAUUUAAUGUGUAUCGUACUGAAGCACUUUUAUAUGCCAGUAAAAAGAUCUGCAUAAUUUAA